ACAUAUUUAAAAUAUUAUAAACAUCUAGCUACAAUAAGGAGAAAAAUAUAGCAGAAGUUGAAUGAGGAAUCUGUUGCUUCAGUAGCCUUUUUCUUCAAGAGUGGGUCUUUGAAUGAGGAUGACAAUGGAAGAGAUGAGGAAUGAAGCAGAGACCACUUCUAUGGUUUCCAUGCCUCUUUAUGCCGUUAUGUAUCCUGUCUUUAAUGAGCUAGAACGAGUAAAUCUAUCAGCAGCUCAAACAUUGAGAGCAGCUUUUAUUAAGGCAGAAAGGGAAAACCCAGGUCUCACACAAGAUAUUAUCAUAAAAAUUUUGGAGAAGAAAAGCAUUGAAGUUAAUUUUACUGAAUCUCUUUUGCGCAUGGCAGCGGAUGAUGUAGAAGAGUACAUGAUUGAAAGGCCAGAGCCCGAAUUCCAAGACCUCAAUGAAAAGGCACGAGCACUUAAACAGAUUCUCAGCAAGAUUCCAGAUGAGAUCAAUGACAGAGUGAGGUUUCUUCAGACAAUCAAGGACAUUGCCAGUGCAAUAAAGGAACUUCUCGAUACAGUAAAUAAUGUCUUCAAGAAAUACCAAUAUCAGAACCGGAGGGCACUUGAACACCAAAAGAAAGAAUUUGUAAAAUACUCCAAAAGUUUCAGUGACACUUUGAAAACUUAUUUUAAAGAUGGAAAGGCAAUAAAUGUGUUCAUAAGUGCCAACCGACUAAUUCAUCAAACUAAUUUGAUACUCCAGACCUUCAAAACUGUGGCCUGAAAAAAAAAACUGUAUAUGUUGAGAGCUGUACUUUUCAAUGACGGAUAGGAUACCUUUAUAUGUAAACUUUAAAGUUUUGACUGUGUAAAUUAUCAAUCCCAAUUGAAGGGACUUAAUACAGGAUUUUGAAUGGGAUUUAUUGCCAUCUUACACCAUAUUUUUGUAAAAACAUAGCUUAAUCAUAAUCACACAAUGAAGAUUUUGCAUCACUUUUUUGCUAUUAUCAUUCUUUUCAGAAUUAUAAGCCAAAACAAUUUACGCCUUAAUGUGUCAUUAUGUAACAUUCCUUAUAAGAACUGUAAAUAUUUGGUGUUCUGUUUCUGACAUUUUAACUUGAAAGCGAAAAACUGCAACAGAAUUAUGUAUUUAACAAUAUUGGUGGCAAAUAUUCAAUAAAUAGUUUACAUCUGUUUAUCUCUA